AUGCCGCCUGAGCGCAUCGACCCACAGGGGGACCCGUCUCGCUACGGCAUCCGGUCGGACGUGUGGUCCCUGGGCAUCUCAAUCGUGGAGAUUGCAAGCGGCAAGUUCCCCUACAAGACCUGGGGCACGCCCUUUGAUCAGCUUAAACAAGUGGUCAUGGAUGAUCCUCCCAGACUACCUAAGCAGAACUCUGCCUACGGGGAGCAUGCACACAGUUUUAUAGCCAGCGUACUCGUGAAGAAGUACGAGGAGCGACCGACGUACGUGCAGCUCCUGGAGCAUCCCUUCAUCGCCGGUCACGCAAAUUCCCCUAACGAAAACUUUGCAAAUUUCAUUGCCCAAAUUAUGCCUCCUGACGAGGACAGCUGCGAAGCCGUGCCUCCUGACGACGACAGCAGCGCGGCUUCGACGAACUGACCCUACGUUAUCAGCCCCGUAGGAUGUCAAGACAGUCGGUCACUCCUGAGCGCCAGAUGAGAGUGGCUUACCUUAGGGCUGUUACAAAAGGGCUUCUGUAGGUCACCGUAGGGUUCCUGUCGUUUAAUUUAAUAUUUUGUAGGUAUUUAACAUUUAUGUGAUGCCGAGUGCCAUGAGGUUUUAGCUUCUUUGCAGCCACCUCGUUGUUCAUCAAUAAACUUAUUAUAUCUCAGUUGACAGUGGUUGAGAUCUGAGGUGAUAUCAUAACCUAGUGCUCUUUAGAGGCCCUUACUUACUUUAGGCCUUAGUACUCUUUUUUUAGUACUCCUAUGGAAUGAAUAUACCUGGUAAUUUAGUGUUCAAUUCCGAAUUUUUUAAUUGGAAAUUUUUGUAGACGCUUCCAAGUACAAUUUUCA